AUGGACUUCCCUCUCAGCUCUGCGGUGUUCCUGAUCCUCUCCUGCUGGCUCUGGAAUGCAGAAUGCCGAAAAUAUAACUCAGUCCUCACUGUGCCAAAUGGAGGAAAGUGGGGAACCUGGGGGGACAUGGCUUUCUGUUCAGAAGGCUAUGCAAAUGGAUUCUCCCUGAAGGUUCAGCCACCUCAAGGUCUGGAAGAUGAUUCAUCUCUGAAUGGCAUCCGUAUUCACUGCACAAAUGGUGAAGUAGCUGAGUCUGCUUGUGGGCCGUCUGGAACAUGGACGGAGGUUAAGAAAUGUCCCAGUGGCAGUUUAACGUCCUUUUCUCUCCGGGUGGAAGCCCCUCAAGGAAUAAUACGAGAUGAUACAGCAGCCAAUAAUAUUAAGUUCACUUGUGAAGAGGAGAUUGUGCUGACAGGUUCUUCAAACAGUUGGGGUAAUUUUGGUUCAUGGAGCAGUCUCUGCGAUCCUGGUGCCAUAUGUGGUAUCCAGACAAAGGUUGAGCCUAAUGUGGCUAAAAUAUUUUAUGAUAACACAGGACUUAAUGAUGCGAAGUUUUUCUGCUGUGAUUGA